AUGGCGACCACCAAUGGAGCGAACGGCACGCAGAAGUCGGCCCUUGUUACUGUCGAAGAAUUUGCUCGGCAAGACUACGACUAUCUCAUCUGUGGUGGUGGCACGGCUGGACUGGCCAUUGCUGCCCGCUUAACAGAGAAUCCAGAUGUCACCGUGGGCGUUAUCGAAGCUGGGAAGAGUCGACUUGGUGACCCCUUGGUUGAUAUCCCAGCUUUGUUCAUACAGAUGCUGGGCAACAAGGAGUACGAUUGGGGUUGGGAAACCAUUCCUCAGCCAGGAAACAAGAACAGAAUCCACCAAGUUAACCGGGGGAAAGCACUGGGUGGCUCGAGCGCAAUCAAUUACAUGAUGUAUGUUCGAGGAUCAGACCAAGACUAUGACGACUGGGCCGAACUAGCCGAUGACCCAUCGUGGUCAUCCGCCAACAUGAAGCAAUAUAUGCGGAAGCACCAAACCCUCGAGCCUGUUGACGAUCGAGUUACCGAUCGAUCCACCAUGCCCUUCGUUGGAGAGAACCAUGGCACAAGCGGUCCUGUGCGAACCGGCUUCAACGAUUUCAAGCUCCCCAUCGAGGACGACGUGAUCAAGGCCGCGGACCAUGCCAGUGGAUUUGACAAGAAGCCACUCGAUCCUUGGAGUGGAGAUCACAUUGGAUUCUACAACACAUUGGGCUGCGUGGUACGCACGGGUCCUGACAAGGGCAAGCGCAGCUACGCGGCCCGAGGAUACUUUCAGGCCAACGAACACCGCCCGAAUCUCAAAGUCACAACCGAGUCGGUGGUCGCGCGAGUUACUCUCGAAAACAAGAAAGCCACUGGUGUCGAGUUCAUCCAUGACGGCGAGAAGCAUGCCGUCAAGGCCAAACGAGAGGUGAUUGUCUGUGGCGGAACCAUCAACUCUCCCCAAAUCCUUGAGCUGUCUGGCAUUGGCAACCCAGAGAUUCUCCGGGCCGCUGGUGUCGAGUGUCUGGUCGACCUGCCAUCUGUCGGAGAAAACUACCAAGAUCACGCCGUUACCGCUGAAGUCUAUCAACUGGCCGAUGGCCAAAUGUCGGGCGACUCGAUCUACAAGCCCGAAGUCAUGGCCGCCGCGCAGAAGGCUCUGGCCGAAGAACAAGGCGGACCCCUGACAGCGAUCCAAUCCGUUCAGGGUUUCUUCCCUGCCGCCUUGUUCCUGGAGAAAGGCGAGCUGGACCAGGCGAUCAAGUCGAUCGAAAGCGCCAAGGCGAAGGCUACGCCGUUCCAGAGGAAACAGUGGGAUCAAGUCAUCUCACACCUCAAGAGCAACAAGUCGGCGAAUCUGCAGAUGGUCUUCAUCGGCGCGUCAGCCAAUCUCGACGCAGGCGCCAGUGACCAGAGCAAACUAUUCCCUCCUCCUCCCGAAGGCGCCAAAGAUGGCAUCACCUUCGUCGCGGGCGUGCAGUACCCGGUCUCGAGGGGCUACAUCCACAUCAAAUCCGCCGAUCCUACCGUCGCGCCCGAAGUGCACCCCAACUUUUUGGGCCAGGAAGCCGACGUCGCUGUGCUGGCUGCGGGUCUAAAGUUUCUCGAGAAGACGGCCUCGUCGCCACCCCUGAAGGACAAGCUCUCCCACCGCGUCGCCCCGGCACCCGAAAAGUAUCCCUUAGACUCGACGGAGUCCCUCCACGAGGCUGUCCAGCAGUACGUCCAGGGCGAGUACCACAGCUGCGGCUCGUGCGCCAUGGGCGACGCGCUCGACUCACGUUUGCGGGUCAAGGGCGUGGAGAACCUGCGUGUCGCCGACGCCAGCGUGUUCCCCAACAAUGUUAGCGGCAAUAUCGUCAGCAGCGUCUACAUGGUUGCUGAGAAGGCCGCUGAUAUGAUCAAGGAGGAUUGGGAUUAUGCUGCCUUGAACAAACUCUCAAAGUAA